AUGCAGUAUCAGAUCAAGAAUGGCCUGUGCAGCUACACCUUCUGGGUAUCGGGACUUCCAUCCUGCAACCCCAACUCUACCACCUUGGGGGCCUCCAACCACACCCAGAAUAACCAGCCACUCCUGGUACACAUGAGGCUGUUGUUCGACCAUCAGAUGGAGAAGAUGGAGAACGCACUGAGGAACAACAUGCAGAGGAUGGAGAAGCUGGAGGAGAACAUCCAGGCCAUCCUGAGGACGGAGCUGCAGCAGGCUCAGCAAAACAUAAUCCAGAAACACACAGACUUCAUACUUCAGCUGGGCACCAGCCUGAUGGCCCAGACCACAGCCCAGACCCUCAAGCUGAUAAACAUGGAGGCUCAGAUCCUGAGCCAGACACUGAACAUGGAGAAACGGAUGCUGGAGAUUAUGCAGACCACUGAAAAGCUGGAAAAGCAGAUGCAGGAGCAGAAUCACACAGUGCACCAGCUGCACAACUGCAGUAGUGACCUGGAGACUCAGUUGCAUGACCUGAAGGCUGAGCAACAAAACCAACUGGGGGGCCUCCAUAGAGAGAAGGAUCAGCUGUACCAUCUACUGAGCAACCAGGGCAGCACCCUUGCUAGCAUCCAGCACAGCAUGUUUGCUGUCAGCAGAAACUCCAGCCAACUAUGGCAGAAGCAACAGCAGCUCCAGGAGAAUCUACAGCAGCUGGUGACUAUCCUGGAGCCGAGCCCAGAUGAACAGGUAUUCCAGGACUGUGAGGACAUCCGUAGGUCUGGAGUCAAUCAGGACGGCGUCUACACCAUCCACAUACCAAAUCUGAACGAGAGCAAGAGGGUGUUCUGUGUGAUGGACACCAGUGGAGGCGCCUGGACCCUCAUCCAGCGCCGUGAGAAUGGCACAGUGAACUUCCAGCGGAGCUGGCAGGAAUACAAGCAGGGCUUCGGCAACCCAGCUGGGGAGCACUGGCUGGGGAAUGAGGCAGUAUAUCAGCUCACAAGCAGGGCAAAGUAUUCUCUGCGUUUGGAGAUGGAAGACUGGGACGGCAGCACAAACCAAGAGAACUUCAAGCAUUUCCAGCUGGGCAGCGAGGAUGAAUUUUACAAGUGGGUGAUCCUGUGGAACAACACCUUCAGCACCCGUGACGCAGACCAUGACAACUGCAACUGCAAUUGUGCGGCGAUAAUGUCUGGAGGGUGGUGGUUUGAUGCUUGUGGUGGCUCCAACCUCAACGGCAUCUACUACCCAGCUGACCAGCACUUGCACAAGGCCAAUGGUAUUCGCUGGAACUUAUUCCGUGGCACCACCUACUCACUGCGUGCCACCCGCAUGAUGAUACGGCCCUUGCACAGCUAGCCAGUGCUAUGCAGAGGCUGGGCCUUGCAGGAGCUGGACUUUGAUCUCCCAGAUCCUAGAAUCAGCAUGGAACACAGUUCUUGAGUCUCAUCCUCGACAUCCUGGGACAUCUGAGCCAGCCAUCUUUGUCCAGAGUCUAGAAGAGUCACCUGCCUCCUUACU